AUGGGAGAGAAAACGUAUAAAUGCUUGGAGUGCGAAAAGAGUUUCAGACACAGCGGUGACCUGUCUGCCCAUCAAAGGACCCACACAGGAGAGAAACCAUUCAAUUGCUCAGAGUGCGGAAAGAGUUUCGGACAGAGUGGUAACCUGGCUGCCCACCAAAGAACCCACACAGGAGAGAAACCAUACCAAUGCUCAGAGUGUAGAGAGAGUUUCAGACACAGUGGUAACCUCGCUGCCCAUCAAAGAAUACACAGGGAUGAAAAACCACAUGAGUGCUCAGAGUGUGGACAGAGCUUCCAACAGAAGAAGGGAGAGAAAGCGUACACAUGCAUGGCCUGUGGGAAGAAGUUCAGCCAGAGCAGUAGCCUUUUUAAACAUCUAAGUAUUCACAUAGGAGAAAAACCAUAUAAAUGCUCCCAGUGUGGAAGGGGCUUCUGUUCGAAAUGA